AUGAGCGAACAGGCCAAAACAGAGCUGUCAUGCGGGGAGUAUGGCAGGGGUGGCCCCUGGUACCCUCUGAGAAAAUGGUGGCAGUCCAGCCGGCUUUUCAAUCAGGAUGUUGGCCUGCCGCCUUUCCUGGAGCCAGGGGACCCUUGGUGGAUGAAUGUGGACUGGCUCCAGAGGAGUUUGGCAGCCUCUGCUUGGCCAGGGUACAUACCCACUCCUCUGUUUGUGCCCUACAUCUCUGGGUCGAUGCAUCAUCCCAGCCAGAAGAUUAGUAAAGAGCAGUACAAGUGGAGGGUCAGUCUGGACCUGGCUCAUUUCUCCCCCUCAGAGAUUUCUCUCGGCGUCAAAGAUGGAUUCCUGGAGGUCGGAGGGAAACAUGAGGAGAGGCCAGACGAGCAUGGAUUUAUUGCCAGAUGUUUUACAAGGAAAUACAGGAUCCCAGCUGAGAUUGAUGCUACCAAAAUCACGUCCACACUUUCUGUCGAUGGUAUCCUGACUGUGGAAGCUCCAGUUCCUGAAACUUCUGUUCCUGCUGCCAUGAUCAUUCCCAUAAAGUUGGAAACAGAGGCUGGUGGAGAAGAGGAAGAAAAACAUGAGAAAGAAGAAACCUCUGAAACAGACCCAGACAGCAGCAGAGCACCAGAGGCCCCAGAGUCUCCGUCUGCAGAGAAUGAUGGGGAGGAGCCUCCGCCAGAGGUCCAUGGUGACCAGGCCCACCCUGGCAGUGCAGCAGCUGGGCUUCAGCAGCAUGAAGAGAGGAGGGAAGAGGGGGAGGAGACCCAUGAAAAGCCAGCUGGAGAGUCCCACCCCUCAGCGUCUGAAGAUGGCAAAGGCGCAGAGAGUCAAGAUUCUUCUGAGCACCAUGAAGCCCUGGAAAGCCAAGAAAGCCCAGAUACAGACACGUCUAAACAGCCGGAACACAAAGAACCGGCCGAGGCUGGAGAGGUCCAGGUAAUGGAAGGCUCAGGGGAGGCUGCUGAAGAGAUCACCCAGCCCGAGCAGCCGGAGCUGGGCAAGAGUCCACUGAGUGAGGUCCCGAGCCAGGAGCUGGAGGCUCCCGACAUAAAACAAGAACACACCGAGUAGACACACAGUAUCGCCAAAACGCUACACACACCGCAUAUUGACAAAAUACUGAAACUGCCCUCAUAGCUUGCCCUGCAUCAGGUCUAUGGAUGCAUUUUAGCCAACAGAUAUAACAGCCACCUAACUAUGCUGUCUUUGGAGCUCCAAUAAAGCAAUAGCAUGUGAAAAUGGUAUAUAUUGUGUUGGUGUCAUUAUUACAUCUACAUGCUUUUACACUCUCUCCAUUUGGACAUGAAUUGUAGGCUACAUCU